AUCGCGAGAAACUCGUUUGCCGACUUCCGGUUAGCUAUUUGUGUAAGGGACGAAGAAACGAAUUGCUGUUGUUCUUUUCAGCAGUCGAUUUAGGAAAUCUUCGACUUGAAAUUUGAAUGCUUGCCGUAUUUAUCAUUGAAGAACAUAUAUACUGAGAUGUCGGAAGACUUGGUGAAACAGUUGAACAGCUACAAAGCCCAGCUACAGCAAGUAGAAGUUGCCUUAUCUACCGACGAAGAAAAUGAAGACCUCCUUAAACUCCAGAAAGACUUGCAGGAAGUCAUCGAUCUGACAACAGACCUUCUUACCUCACAACCCGCUGAGAGUGCUUCAACUACUAAUAGCUCAGUGACAGUACCAGUGAAGCAGCGCUGGAAAGUGGGCGACAACUGCCUGGCUGUGUGGAAUCAGGAUGGACAGACUUAUGAGGCUGAGAUUGAGGAGAUAGACCGGGAGAAUGGCACCGCAGCCGUGACCUUCGCCGGGUACGGGAACGCUGAAGUGAUUCCUCUGCAGAACCUCAAGCCAUCCGAGGACGGGAAACGAAAUGCCGACGAUGGGAAGCCUAAAUCAAAGAAAGAACAGAUAGCAGAUCAGAGAGAGUAUAAGAAGAAAAAAGCCCAGAAAAAGGUUCUGAGGAUGAAGGAAUUGGAGACAGAGAGGGAGGAACAAAAGUCAAAGUGGCAGAAUUUCAACAACAAAGCCUAUUCAAAGAACAAAAAAGGACAGGUCAAGAGAAGCAUAUUUGCAUCUCCAGAAAGCGUCUCUGGAAAGGUGGGAGUUGGAACAUGUGGUAUUGCAGACAAGCCAAUGACUCAGUACAGUGACACAGCAAAAUAUAAUGUUAGACAUCUAAUGCCACAAUGACCUGAUAUAUUCUGUAUAUACUGAUCCACUGUAUACUUCCUGUAUCAGUGCUUUCCAUUGUGUUUAUACAUGAGUCUCAUUUCCCAAGUAAAGAAAGCUUUGAAAGGAAUUGCUUGCACACCAUGUUUGAAAUAUUGAUGUAGUUUUCUUAUAUAUUACGAAGUACAACAGAAAAAUCCCAGAUUUUCCCAGCACUGGAACAAAGUCCCCUGUUGUGUAAGAACAGGAAGUGGUGUUUUAGAUCAACCUUAUAGUUUGUUGUUUGUGUUCAGGUUCCACUGAGGCCAAAUACCUGCUAAGACGAGAAUAAAUAUACACCUGCAGAUUUGUUUUGUUGUACAUUUGAAGCUGUAUUUUGAACACUGACCCAUUGUGGGGUGGGGGUAUACACUUCAAUAAUGAUGUUGAUUUGACAUGGCUGAAUUUACGUUUUUAAUUUCUCUGUAUAUAACAGUCCAAUAAACAUUGUUUUGUUUUCAGUUU